AUGCCACGCCACAACAUCCGUAACAGCCAGAGAAAAGAGGUUGAGACCGGUACCUACCAACGUCAACUAAUAAAGCACAAAGGGGAAAAAACUACUGGAGGACGACGGGAAAGGAGAGAUGUCAGACCAUCACUAGAAAGGAUGAGAGACCUGACCAUGCCUGUCUGCUCUGCCUCUCUGCUCUGCCUGUUCCUCCUGCUGCUGUGUGGGCUGCUAGGAGGCUGGGUGCUGUCCAUCUGCCCUGCUGUGUGCUCCUGCACCCGGGGACACCGUGUGGUAGACUGCUCCUCACGAGGGCUAACCAAGCUACCGCCUGGUCUGCAGCACAACAUCCACUUUCUCAACCUUUCUUUUAAUAGUUUACAGGGUUUGGAAAGCCAGCUCACCCACUAUGCCCACCUGCGAACCCUGGACCUGUCCUACAACCGCCUGGAGACCCUGCCUGAAGGCCUGCCUCGUUCUCUGUGGGACAUCCGAGCAGUGGGGAACCAUAUACGCUCGCUAUACAAGAACGACACAGCUUACCACUGGAACCUGAGAGUACUGGACCUGUCAGACAACGAGCUGGAGAGAGUGGUCUUUAUCAACAACACGCUGCCGAGUCUCCAGGCUGUCAACCUCAGUCACAACAGGUUUUGGACUGUGCCCACGAAUAUGCCCCACAACUUGGAGAUCAUUGAUUUGUCACAUAACUAUCUCACGCAGAUUCUGCCUCGAUCAUUGGAUCGUCUACCGAGGCUGGUUAGGUUAUAUUUGCAUGCUAAUCGCUUCUCCUGGUUGUCUGAAGGGAUAUUUGAUAAACUGACAGCGCUGGAGUUGAUGACUCUUGGGGAUAACCCCUGGGCUUGUGAAGAGGAAGAAAAUAUAACAAAGCUCUUAACAUGGGCUGAGCAGACCCGUGCAACCAUUCUAGGCUGCCCCUGCUACACAAGACCUAUCUGUGGGCAAACCCAUCAGGGAACUCCAGGGAGGGAGUGGCACUCUGCGCUGUUCACAGAGCCACCACUCUGGGUCAACAGCAGAGGGGAAGGGCAUGAUGGUCAAUCACCUGCAGAGGUUACGUCUAACUACCAGGCGAAAUCAGCACGUUUUGAGACAGGAAUAUAUCAGGACAGAAGAGGAGUGAAUGAAACUGAGGACCACAUUCUGUUUGUCUGGACAUCUCCUGCAAGUUUUGAUGGUUUCUCCACACACACAAGCACAACAGCAAGCUCACAGUCUUUAACAAGGAAGCCCAAAGUAGCUAACUCAAGGAAUAAAUGCCACGGAUUCCAAAUUGAGACUCAAAAAACUGUCAUCCUGACUAGUUUGGUCAUGAUGACAGCAUUCAGCACCUUCUGAAGCACCUUGACUGGAUAUAGAAUGCACCACUAACCGAUUAUUUUAGACAGUGAAUGUACGACCAAGUAAUUCCACGUAGCAUCUCAAUUCCCAUGUCUCUUGUAAAAAACUAUUACUGCCUUUUGUCACUAUCAUCACAUGUAUCAUCAUGAUUUCAAUUUGCUUAAUAUGUACAACACAACAAUGUCUCUCAAUAUCUUACACACAACGAUGAACUGUAUAAACCUACAAGACUACUCAACAUAUCUGAAUACAUGGUUUAACUGGAGUGCUACUGUCAAUGCUCAAAUGUCAGUAUAAUGCUUGCCCACUGACAGACUGCUGUGCUCUGUGCUUUCUUCAUAGUAUUGAUGCUUGUGCCACAUUUGGCCCUGCUGAGCCAUUCAUAACAGGUUUGACAAUACACAUCAAAUAAGAUUCAGUAGUCCCUACUUGCACUCUGUCAGAGCACUGAUCUAAAAAAAAACCCGACACAACAUAAAAGGAAAAAAAACAAAACAAUAAAGGGCUAAUUAAUUCAAAUAUGAAUUGUCGAAGUCCAGAUAAAGCAAAAAAAUAUCACACCACAGAAAAAUGUGUUCUUAAACACCCAGCCGAAUUAGAAUCAGAAAAUAAAUAACCAAGUGUAAAAAAAAAUGUGGUUUUAAUAAAGUGACAAAAUGGGCAGUAUUGUCUCCUCUGAAAUGCUGGGGACGUGAAACCACGACUGUGGUGGUGACUUUCUGACGCUGUCACACUGGCUCUCUGUCUAUCUUGUGGUUGGAAAGGCCUGUUUUGCCAAAAUUGGUGACAGCAUUUGAAACUACUUGUCUAAGUUAAAUGUACCGACACAUUUAAAAGAUAGAAACAGCGGAAGAGUAGCUUCAAACAUGCAUGACAGGUGUGCAUAAAAUGACAUGACAACUCAAAAUGUUAACAUUUGCUUCAGCAAACGUCAUAAGUAAACGUAUCAGCGUUAGCCAUCGUUGGUAAUGUUACUUAUGUAGUGUUGGGGGCGGAGUUAUGAUAAGGAAGCUCCAGUGCAAAUUUGAAAACAGAUAUGGGGAUAAAUAGUUUAAUGGCAUAACUCAGAUAUUCAGUAAUAUAUAGUUUUAAGUCUUUUACAUGUUUUCAGCUAUUAUUUU